GAAGAACAAAUAAAUUGCAUUAUAUCCUCCGAAUAAUAGAGAGUUUGUGCCUAGGAAGGCAGAAUGUACAUUUUACUCUCAGGCAGGAGAUUAUUCGGUCAUGACAUUGAAACCCCAAAAUAGUCUCAUCCGCCCGGUCUUCACACAAGAAUUCUAUCACGAAGUUAAGAGAGCCUGGAGGUUGCGGGUAGGGCAAAAUGGAAAGGAAAAUGCUCUUCCACGCAAUAUUGCCCUUGCAGUUAGCGGUGGGCCGGAUUCUAUGGCCUUGGCCCAUCUCUGUAGAAGGUUAAUAGUAGAAGGGCAUAUUCCAGACCUAAACGUGAAGGCAUUUAUAGUGGAUCAUAAAGCUCGAGAAAAAAGCACCGAUGAAGCUCUUAAGGUUGCGGGAUGGAUCAAGUCGAUGGGAUUAAAAUCCCAGGUUCUCACACUGCAAUGGCCUGAGGGAACAAAAGAUCCAGCAAGAUUGCCAAAUUUUGAAACGCUCGCAAGGAGACUUCGCUAUCAAGCUCUUGGGACUGCAUGUGUAACGGAAAACAUACGAGCAUUAUUUCUAGGCCAUCACAGAGAUGAUAACGUUGAAACUGCCUUGCUUCGGUUAGCCCAAGGUCAUGGACGCUUUGGUCUUGCUGGAUUUGACAGCGUUUCUCCCAUUCCUGAGUGCCACAGUCUAUGGGGCGUAUCACAGAGUGGUGAUAUUACGAGCAUAGAGGCCAUCUCCGCCGAUCGAACUCCUAGAAUGGCGCCGAUAAAACCAAAUCUAAUGAAUAAUGGGGGUGAUAGAGCACCUUUGCCACAACCGGAUUCAAGCCUCUAUACUGCAACUGGUGGUGUUUAUAUAUUCCGCCCGUUUCGCUCAUUCCCAAAGGCACGACUGGAAGCUACUUGCCGCGUUGCAAGGGUCCCAUUUGUGAUUGAUCCCACCAAUGAAGACCAUACACUGACCAUCCGAAACACUGUGCGCAAGUUGUUGUCAUCAGGGGACUUGCCUCGCGCGUUACAAAGUCCUUCAAUACUAGCAUUUAUCAGCAAGAAUCAAAGAGCCAAGGAACGUUUACAGGAUCUGACCGACAGUUUUUUAAAACUUGUCCGCGUCAACAACUUUGAUUUUAGCUCUGGAACAUUGCUCGUUCGGCUACCCUUCGCUGAAGAAGUUGACUUUUUUAAAGAGACCUUUAACGAUCCCCAUCAAGAUCAUCCUCAUAUAAAUCCUUUUGACGUGCAAUUAAAAGUCGUACGCACGUUAAUUGAGUUAGUAACCCCAGAAUCGGAUCUUCAGGUGUCGCAAGAGGGUCUAGUCAGAGCCGCCAAACUGCUCUGGCCUCGAUCAUCCGAAGACACAUCAUCUCCCGAUGUAUUCACGCUCGGCGGCGUUCAAUUUCAACCCCAAAAAAGAAAGGGGAAAUAUGGAGUCUUUCCGCAUAGUUUCAAGCGCCGGAGUCAGGACGCUCUCAUCGCGUCCCAGAAUCUCAGAGACGUUGCAGACAAUCCUACAGACCCAAAUAUUUGGCUACUCUCGCGAGAGCCCUUACGCCGACAUUUACCGCCACCCAUCACUAAGUUUGGAAUAUGUCUUCCCGACCCGGUUCCUGAACAAAUUAACAAGGCAGGAUGGCAAAGUGUAAACAAAAGCAGGUGGACUCAGUGGAAACUCUGGGAUGGUAGAUACUGGGUCCGUCUUCGAGCGACUAGACAAAACAAAACGUUGGCUCUCAAAGGGGGUGCGACUCCCAAGGCACACAUCUACAGCUUUGGUGACACCAUUCAAGUAACAAUGAAGCCCAUGUCUCAAGAGGACGUCGUUGGGAUUCGCCGAUCUGAACUUGGUAAUCCCUUUUAUCAAUGUCGGAGUUCAUGGAAGCUGACGGAUCGAGAUUUACGGCCUGAAUCGUACACGGGGGGCCGAAGGCUCGACGCAUCCCGAUGGAAGAAGAAGGCCUUCGAUGUUCUCCUUUCUUGUUUUGCACCGGGCAAUCUUCGAAAGACAAUUCCAGUGCUCUGGCAUUCUACCCCGGAAACCAUUCAGCCGGAGGAAGGAAUAAAAGAAGCCCUGUCCAUCCAUGCGGGCUGUAAUACGCCUCCAGCCUCAGACCCCGAGAAGAUAGAGGUUGACAGCCCAGAAGAUUCCCCAUCUGCUUCUCUACCUCCAACUUCAAAAUGCAGCAGAAACGAUGUAGCCAAAGCGACUGCCGGCUUUCCCGAAGGAGACGACAUAAACGACGAAGGAAGAUACGGUAACGGAGAAUAUGAAGAAGAAAGGCACUAUAACAUAAAUGACACCCAAAAACUUGUUGCCGUACCAUCAUUCCAUCGCCGCACGGGAAAGAAGAUAUGGGUACGAAUGCCUCGAAAAUCUAUCCAAGCGCCAUCGAAUGACCUAACAUCGCCCAAAACAGUCGACCAGGAGCAAGACCCAGAUGAAGAAUACAUUUGUCCCUGGAUCAUUGAAUGGGAUAUUAUAUUCAAACAUGUCGAUCCUGUCACGAUCCGGUGCAUGAACUGGGAACGUAAAUUAUCGAGCUCCUCUCCGUCCAAGGAGGAAAGCUAUUGAUACGGCGCAAGUCGACACUGAUAGAUAAGACUGCAAAGGUUGUUAAGCAGACACGCGCGUUCCAGCGAAAUUUCAUACGGAUAAUGUGUAAAGUAUUGAGGUGUGUGUUUUGUAUCUAUGUACGAUACCCCCCGGUUCAUGAGUACCGAAGAUCGAUUUUCAAACCUAGCCCUUGCUCCGCGUGUAUUUUAGUGAGCGGCACGGUAUGAAUAGAUA